AUUUAACGGUUCUAAUUUACUCGGAUUUUAUUUAUGGGAUUACUUUGAUAUGCGUUAAUCUUUCACUGCAGAGCUUGGAAUUUGAGCUCGAGUGCGAGCGGAAGUGUAGUCAGGGUAGCAACUCGUGAGGCGGAAGUGAGGUCAUAGCGCAGCAGCAGCGGUCUGCCUCGUCCAUGUUAUUAUUGUUAUUUUGACUGGGAUGGUCGGCGGCGGAAGCCCCGGACUCCUCCGGUCUCCGACAUAAGCACACGCGGCUCACCGUCUUGGAAGACACACUGCUGUAAAGGGAGAAUAACAAAUAAAAACAAAUCGCUGCUCGUCCGGACUUGUGUAUAUAAUUGUUGAUAUCGCGGCGGAGAUGAACAGCAUCACCAAGGGCAGAUUCGAGGUGUUCUCAAACAGUGAUGAAGCCCCAAUCAACAAGAAGCUUCCCAAAGAGCUCCUGCUCAGGAUUUUCUCCUACCUAGAUGUGGUUACUCUGUGUAGGUGUGCCCAGGUAUCCAAGGCAUGGAAUGUUCUAGCACUGGAUGGAAGCAAUUGGCAGAAGAUUGAUCUCUUCAACUUCCAAACAGAUAUUGAGGGUCGUGUGGUGGAGAAUAUUUCAAAGAGAUGUGGCGGUUUUCUGAGACAGCUGAGUUUGAGAGGUUGUCUCAGUGUAGGCGAUGCCUCUAUGAAGACUUUUGCACAGAAUUGCCGUAACAUAGAGCAUCUGAAUCUAAAUGGCUGCACUAAGAUCACAGAUUCCACCUGCAUCAGCCUCAGCAAGUUCUGCUCCAAACUCCGCCACCUCGACCUCACGUCCUGUGUGUCCAUCACCAACCAUGCACUCAAGGCAUUAAGGGUAUCCAUCCAUGAGGGAACAUGCACAACAGCAGAAAGUGUGUCACAAGUGCAAGAGCACCAAGCAGAAGUAGAACAUCAGGAUGAAUUAGUCAGGUGUGCAGGGCAAAAGAAACCACAGUUUAUCAAUGAGGGCUGUCGCAUGUUAGAGAAUCUGAACCUAUCUUGGUGUGAUCAAAUCACACGUGAUGGCAUCGAGGCGCUCAGCCGUGGCUGCACCAGCAUCAAAGCAUUGUUCCUCAGAGGUUGCACACAGUUGGAUGAUCCUGCACUGAAGCACCUUCAGAAGCACUGUCCUGAGCUCAUGACAAUCAACAUGCAAUCAUGCACGCAGAUAACAGACGAGGGUUUAGUGAGUUUGUGCAGAGGCUGUCACAAGCUGCAGAUGGUGUGUGUGUCUGGCUGCAGCAACAUCACGGACGCGUCUCUGACUGCACUUGGCCUCAACUGCCAACGGUUAAAGAUCCUGGAGGCUGCGCGCUGCUCUCAUGUGACUGAUGCUGGUUUUACUGUUCUGGCGAGGAAUUGUCAUGAUUUGGAGAAAAUGGAUUUAGAGGAAUGUAUUUUGGUCACUGACAACACUCUGGUUCAGCUUUCAAUCCAUUGCCCUCGGCUCCAGGCCCUGAGCCUUUCACAUUGUGAACUGAUAACAGAUGAUGGGAUUAGACACCUGAGCAGCAGUGUGUGUGGACAGGAGCGCCUGCAAGUUGUCGAGCUGGAUAACUGCCCCUUGAUCACAGACAUCACUCUAGAGCACCUGAAGAGUUGCCAAAAACUGGAGCGCAUUGAGCUCUACGACUGUCAGCAAGUCACUCGCGCCGGAAUCAAACGUAUACGAUCUCACCUUCCUGAGAUUAAGGUCCAUGCCUACUUUGCACCAGUCACACCCCCUCCCUCGGUGCAUGGAGGGGGGCAACGUCUCUGUCGCUGCUGCGUCAUACUCUGACAGUGGAUGGGGCCUCUGAAGCAUACCAUGGAGAGUCAGUCUGUCAGUCAAACUCUUAACCACACCUUGCUCCUGCUGGCUACUCCCACUAAGCUCUACACGGAGGUGUGGCUGGGAUCGGCACGGUUGGAUCAAUGAGGGUUUAUUGGGCAGCGGGAUGGAGCUACACAAAUUAUUGAAAAAAAUUAUCAUUCAAAAUACAAAGAAUAAUUACUAUGUAAAAUCUGACCUUUGACCAUGAGAAGAGACUGGGAAAAGCCACUUUGUAAAAUAUUUCAUGUUUGGAUUUGUAGAAAACACAUUUGAGGAUGUACUUCAAGCAGAAAGACAUCGAACUACUGGCUACAGAACCUCGUAUGGGAUGGUCUCUGAGGGCUUGAUGAGAACCAGACAAUGUUUACUUCUUCAUCCACUGUUAUCAAUUUUGAAUGAAUUAUUUCCUCAUGACAGGAUGCAUUAUAUCAUGAGAUUAGAUAAGUGAGGAGCAGGACAUGACAGUUCUGUAUUUGGACUUUUAUAGUAACCGAUUCAGAGAAUGUUCAAUUAUGUAAAACAAAACAUAACACUACAAACAAGCAACCUGUGUUCAACCUGGAAUAAUGUGGAAUAAUUCUGUCAGUGCUCAGCAUUCUUUACAGAAAAUUGAUCAAAUAUUUUGAUGGAUCAUGAUACAUACAGUAACAUAUUUCCAUACAUGGAAAGAGCUGAAAAUGUAAGGAAGAGAUGGAGUAUAUAUGUGGACAGAAUGGGCUCAUUCAGAUUUUUAGGCUCUAGCAAUGGAAUGAAGGAAUAUUAUGAGUGACUUCGUUAAAAAAAAAAAUCAUAUUUACUGAAGACGUCUACUGGAACAGAUAAAGAUGAAUUUUAAGUUCUAAGUGCAAUAUUUUAAAGGCCCAGGUUUUCUGUUCAAUGUGAAAUUGUGUUCUUUUUACAAUUCCCUUAUACAAUCUUGCUUGCUGCCUAUUAUUGCAGUAUUAUUUAACAGGAUAUAUAAUGUAAUUUUCCAUGACAAUUUUUUUUUUUUUUUUUUUUAAAUUCCCUCCUUUCCCAUUAUUUCCCCAAUUUAAUUCCCCAUGUGCACAUAUAUAAUCUGCAUACUGUAUGCUUGUUAUGUAGUUCUGAGCACUGAAAAACUGAAUGCACCUUGGGCCGCAUGUUACUAAUGCAGAUGACUGUUGAAUUAAUUUCCUAAUCAAUAAUGAUGGCUUUUGGGUGCGAGUGCCUUUGAUUUUUCAAUGCUGGAAUGGACAUUGGGAAAUCCAGCCUCCGAGAUAAAAGACUCAGGUCUGUAAUGUGAUUCAUCAGCUCUUUUCCUUUCCUGCUUCUUUGAUUGUCAGCAUUGAAGAAAGCAGGAGCAACAUAUACAGGUGUUGGACCACACACCACACAAAAAGCAAGCACUGCAUCUAUGUUUGGUGGGUUAUUGUUGUUGCUACUGAGGAUGAAGUGUGAAGUGUAAUUCUGCCGCAAUGUACAGGACAACUGCUUUCCCUCAUCGUUCAUUCAUAUUUCUGAUAACCAUUUGGGGAAAAAAGCUACCUGACUGUCCUUGUGUUCUGGUGUUACUGUAAUUUCUUUAAAUAAAAGAUCUGAGCAGUGUGUCA